GGCCCCGCUCUCGGCCGGGCCAUGGCCCCGCGGCCCAAGGCCUUCAAGAUCCGCAGCCUGCGCGGCCCCCAGAAGUACGGGGUGGCGGGGCGGAGCCUGCCGGAGCUGCUGCGCAAGGCGGGCAAGCUGCUGCAGCUUCCUUUUCCCGACUGCCGGCUCUGUUUGUAUGAGGAUGGGACAGAACUGACUGAAGGUUACUUCCACAGCAUUCCAGACAAUACAGACCUUGUACUGCUAGCCCCAGGGGAGACCUGGCAGGGUUUUGUCAGUGACAUAGAUCACUUCCUAAAUACAUUUUACGCACAAAAAGAUGACAUUGUUGAGGCUGCACAAAAGCUGCUAUCAGAUGAGCAGGCUCCCAAGAGACAGAAGCUUCUAGUGGAUCUCAUUCAAAACCUAAGUGAAAACAUUUUGGCGGAAAGCAGAGAGGAAGACAGAAAGUGGUUUGAAGGUAUGGAGUCUCGCUUUAAGAAUAAAUCAAGUUAUAUGAGAUACAGUUGUGAAAGCAGAAUACGAAGUUAUAUGAAAGAGGUUAGCAGUUAUACUUCAGCUGUUCAUCCAGCAGCACAAGCAGAAUAUAAAAGAAUAACUGACUUUAUGUUGGAUAAACUGAAGUCUGUUAAAUAUAAUGGCUGUUACUUUGACAGAAGAGAGGAGGCGGCGGUCCGCCUCUGCACUACUGAGGGAUGGUUCUCCUGUCAAGGUCCUUUUGACAGGGAUUACUGCCUGUGUAAACAUUCCAUCAAUCCCUACAGUAACAGGGAGAGCAGAAUCCUCUUCAGUACGUGGAAUCUCGAUCAUAUAAUAGAGAAGAAACGAACUAUUGUACCAACACUGGCAGAAGCUGUCAAAGAACAAGAUGGAAGGGAAGUGGCCUGGGAAUACUUCUAUCAGUUGCUAUUUACUCUGGAAAAUUUAAAACUAGUGCAUAUUGCUUGCCAUAAGAAAGCCAGCCAUAAUCUCACCUGUGACAAAACUAAAAUAUACAGAAAAAGAAAGCGAAUGCAGAAGGUCUCAAAGUGACUUCCCUGAAGGUGGCUUUUUGCUGUGGUUUUCUAAACUAUAUGAAAGGACACCAUUUAUAAUAUUUCUGAAAUUCUUAGUGAAAGAACAUCAUAGAUUGAUCUCUUCUUGCUAAAUUCCCUAAUAUAGAUGUGGCUGCAAUCAAACCUCAUUCAAACAUUUGUCAUUCCACCUUUCAUACAGUUGGUUUCUGAGGCCCCAGCUCAUUUUCUGUGAGGUAGUUAAGUUGUUCUACAGAGCUUACAGCUGGGCAAACAAUCCGUGUACCUUAGAUUUACCAAAGGCUACCACACAGUUAGUGGCAGAGCUACUCCCAGUUCUGUGUCCCUGUGAUCUCUGCUCUAAUCUACUAAUGACUCCCAUUUUUAACCUAUUAUUUUACGUACAUAUUUUCUAAAGAAACUAUCAGUGGUGCUAGAUUCUGUCUUUUUUCUUGGUUCAUAUUCCUCUUUUUUUUUAAAAAACAUCUUCCAACUUCCUCGGCUGCUUGACUUUUCUUGCAGUGUUGUGCAGUACUACAUAUGAAGGAUAUUAUAGGAAAAGGUAUUGUAUGUUCAAUAUCUUUGAUAAUUGUCUGUUCAUCAGCUGUGCUCCCCUCUACCUCUUAAUUAUGUAGUAAAAUGUGAAUGAUUUUUUUUAAAAAAGGCCAUCUGAAAUCAACUGAAUUCUCAGGAACUAUGUUAAUGUAAAACUUCAAUGUAUUUUUAUAUAUUUGUUUAAUAAAGAUCUUUCAGGCA